CACCGCACCACCUGGACAGGCCGUCACAUUGGACAUAACUCACUUCAACAUGUAUGGUUUUUCCAGUCCUAACUGUGACAGUCGGGACAAACUUGAAGUUUUCGACGGCACUCCUGAUACCUCGACACUAAUUGGCGCAUAUUGUUCAGGCAAUGCACCGGAUAGUCAAAUCGUGUCUACAGGACCGUCCUUGACGGUGAUCUUCACGUCGCUUGGAGGCAACUCUUUUUACAGAGGAUUUCGUGCCACUUACGGCACUGUUCUCGGUGCAACAUCUCCAUCGGCUGAAGUCGCGGUUCCUGAUGACUGUUCAAACCCCCUUGGGAUGGAGAGCGGCGCCAUUCCUAACGACCACAUCACGGCUUCCACUGAGAAAACCGGGUAUGAAGCGUGGAGAGGCCGUCUGAAUAACGCCAACAAGGCGUGGCAGACAAACACUGUAGAUACAGACCAGUGGCUCCAGAUCGACCUCGGUAGUCAGAAGUUCAUCACAGGUGUCCAAACACAGGGUCUGUGGGGAGGGCACAUCAAGUCUUACAAACUGAUGUAUUCUGAUGAUCAGCAAACAUGGAAUAUAUACGGCGACAAUGAUGGCCAGAUCUUUACAGGUAACUCUGACGGACCUACAGUAGUGGAACAAACCCUGCCUGCUGCAGUCCGGACACAGUACAUCAGGAUAAACCCACAGACAUGGAAAGGCGACACCUUCAUCCGCCUGAGGGCAGAGAUACUUGGCUGUGAUGUACCAGCAACGGACCACUGCAGUCCUCACCCAUGUGAACACGGUAGCUGUGUGGCUGAGUCAGGCGGUUACAACUGCACCUGUGAGGACGGCUGGGAGGGAGUCAACUGUAAUAACAACACAGACGACUGUGCGUCCUCCCCCUGUGCACACGGCACCUGUACAGACGGUGUAGCUAACUACACUUGUAGUUGUGAGAACGGCUGGGAGGGUGGCAACUGUGAUCAGAAUAUCGACGACUGCAGUCCCGACCCCUGUGUACACGGCACCUGUACAGACGGUAUAGCGAGCUACACUUGUAGUUGUGAGAACGGCUGGGAAGGAGACAACUGCGAUCAAAAUGUCAACGACUGCAGUCCUGACCCCUGUGCACACGGCACCUGUACAGACGGUGUAGCGAGCUACACUUGUAGUUGUGAGAACGGCUGGGAAGGUGACAAUUGUGAUCAGAAUAUUGACGACUGCAGUCCUGACCCCUGUACACACGGCACCUGUACAGACGGUGUAGCGAGCUACACUUGUAGUUGUGAGAACGGCUGGGAAGGUGGCAACUGUGAUCAAAAUAUCGACGACUGCAGUCCUGACCCCUGUACACACGGCACCUGUACAGACGGUGUAGCUAACUACACUUGUAGUUGUGAAAACGGCUGGGAAGGUCACAACUGCGAUCAAAACACAGACGACUGUGCGUCCUCCCCCUGUGUACACGGCACCUGUACAGACGGUGUAGCGAACUACACCUGUAGUUGUGAGAACGGCUGGGAGGGUGGAAACUGUGAUCAGAACACAGACGACUGUGCGUCCUCCCCCUGUGCACGAGGCACCUGUACAGACGGUGUAGCUAACUACACUUGUAGUUGUGAGAACGGCUGGGAGGGUGGCAACUGUGAUCAGAAUGUCAACGACUGUAGUCCUGACCCCUGUAUACACGGCACCUGUACAGACGGUGUGGCGAGCUACACUUGUAGUUGUGAGAACGGCUGGGAAGGUGAUGACUGUGAUCUGAAUACAGACGACUGCAGUCCUGACCCCUGUACACACGGCACCUGUACAGACGGUGUAGCUAACUACACUUGUAGUUGUGAGAACGGCUGGGAAGGUGACAACUGCGAUCUGAAUAUCGACGACUGCAGUCCUGACCCCUGUACACACGGCACCUGUACAGACGGUGUAGCCAACUACACUUGUAGUUGUGAGAACGGCUGGGAAGGUGGCAACUGUGAUCAAAAUAUCGACGACUGCAGUCCUGACCCCUGUACAUACGGCACCUGUACAGACGGUGUAGCGAACUACACUUGUAGUUGUGAGAACGGCUGGGAAGGUGCAGAUUGUGAUCAAAAUAUCAACGACUGCAGUCCUGACCCCUGUGCACACGGCACCUGUACAGACGGUGUAGCGAGCUACACUUGUAGUUGUGAGAACGGCUGGGAAGGUGCAGAUUGUGAUCAAAAUAUCAACGACUGCAGUACAGACCCCUGUACACACGGCACCUGUACAGACGCAGUAGCCGGUUAUACCUGUACCUGUGAUAACGGUUGGGGUGGAGUCAACUGUACUUGGAAUAUAGACGACUGCAGUCCAGACCCCUGUACACACGGCACCUGUAAUGACAUAGUAGCCGGUUAUACCUGUACCUGUGAUAACGGUUGGGGUGGAGUCAACUGUAGUGACAAUAUCGACGACUGUGCGUCCGACCCGUGUGAACAUGGAGACUGUGUGGAUGGUAUAGGGGACUAUUCAUGUACCUGUCAUGAAGGAUGGGAGGGUGACACCUGCUCACAAGUCUCCACUACUAAGAUUCCCUCUACUACUAUGGUCACCACCAUGGAACCAACUACCAUGAUAACAUCCAAGCCAACAACCAUCCCGGAGCUGACAACUGCACAUAACCCAACAACGUCUGAACUAACAGCAACAACGUCUGAACCAACAACAGUUGAAACUUUCUCAACAGAAACAACAACAGCCUACCCUACCACAGUAGACACGAUGACAACCACCAUGGAACACACUACCCUGAUGACAUCCAAGCCAACAACGAUGCCAGAGCUGACAACUGCACAUAACCCAACAACGUCUGAACCAACAACAUUACCGUCUGAACCAACAACAGUCGAAACUUUCUCGACAGAAACAACAACAGCCUACCCUACCACAGUAGACACGAUGACAACCACCAUGGAACACACUACCCUGAUGACAUCCAAGCCAACAACGAUGCCAGAGCUGACAACUGCACACAACCCAACAACGUCUGAACCAACAACAGUAACGUCUGAACCAACAACAACAGAAACAACAACAGCCUAUCCUACCACAGUAGACACGAUGACAACCACCAUGAAACACACUACCAUGAUGACAACCAGACCAACAACCAUCCCAGAGCUGACAACUGCACACAACCCAACAACGUCUGAACCAACAACAGUAGAAACUUUCUCAACAGAAACAACAACAGCCUACCCUACGACAGCAGCCGCGGAAACUCAACCUUCACUCCUUACAUCUACUCAUCUAACAACAACGCCUCCAACCACUUCCAUCUUAGCUACUACCAAAGAAGUACACGCGACCACAGAGUCUAUAAAGUCAACAACAUUCACUGCUACUACUCACCAGAACACAAAAGCCACCGAAAUUUCCACAGAAAAACCAAAGCCGUUCACAACGCUGGCAUUGUCUACAAAGCCUUCUCCGACCUUCAAAGCUACUGUACAACAGACACAGUCAAGUUUUGUCGCCACAACAGAACGUCCACCCGCCAUUUUCUUCGAAGUCACCAUGGUGAAUAUAGAAUUCACCGAGGAGCUCAACAAUCCUACCUCUGAAGAGUUCACAUCUCUUGCCUCUCAGCUAACAGAAACGAUAUGGUCCUACCUACAAGAGAGCCAGGUGUCAGCGGACAUCAUCAGUGUGGUUGUCACCAGGUUCCGGAGAGGAAGCGUCAUCGCGGACUAUGAGGUGAUCUUACGCCAGGGCAGGGAGGUCACCGACCUGCAGGUCAGGGAGGCUUUCCUCUUGGCUCUCCAGAAUAGCACGAGUGGGAACAACACCCUGGGAAUACAGGCUGAAUCACUAUGUAUGAAGGAGAACGGAGACGGCACGUGUACGGGAGUUGAGGGGCCUGCACAGUGGCCACCAUGGGCCGUCCACGUGAUCGCAGGAGGCGCCGCUGCUACCGUGUUCCUCGCCUUCCUGCUGACUGUCUGCAUCAUCCUUCGAAAGAAAACUUACACCAAGGAAUACAACUGCCAGCCGGAGAAGUCGGUGGAAGAGUUUGAUCCGUAUGGCAGAUUCAACAAAAGGAGCAGUUACUACCGCUACGUAGUGAACCCGCUCUAUGAUGAAACAAACUCAUCCACGGCAUAUCAAUUCCAAGAGAUAUUGAAUGAUAUUCCCGGGGAGAAAAUUCACCAAGAUGUAAACCAUUACGAACAGAUUUAUCACUAAAUGUGCCCAAAUAACCUACUACUCUCAACUUCAUUAUAUGCUAUAUGUGCUAUACUGUCAAAGAAAUGAAACACUGAUAUUGUUUUAUAGCAAUGGAACAUAUAUGGAGUGAGUUUUGACAGAAUUGUAUAAUUUGUACAUAUAUAAACACUAUCCUUUGCACUGAACACCGCAAAUAUGUAACAUAUGAUUUGUAUAUACAUGUUAAUAUCCAAAACUACUACACUGUGCUGACAAAACAAUCGGUCUCAUGCACUUGUAAAGCGUAUCACUAUAAUAGUUUUCCAUAUUUACCAUAUGAUAUGAUAUACUUUUGACAUUCUUUCACAUUAAGUUAUUUGUGUGAGAGCAUUAU